AUGGGUAGAGAAAUUCAACAGUGUCUUGCUUCCAUUACAGAUGAGCAACGAAAGGUUUAUGAUGUAGUCAUGGAUGCAGUAACCAAUGACAGUGGUGUAAUGUUCUUUCUAUAUGGCCAUGGUGGAACGGGAAAGACGUUUCUAUGGAAAACUCUUUCGGCUGCAGUUCGUUCGAAUGGAGAGAUUGUAAUUAACGUUGCAUCGAGUGGUAUAGCAUCGUUAUUGCUCCCCGAUGGAAGAACAGCUCAUUCUCGAUUCGGACUACCCAUAAAUGUACAUGAGAGUUCCACCUGCAGCAUAUCGCAACAAAGUCCACAGGCAGAGUUGCUCAUAAGGGAUGACAAACCCUUUGGUGGUAAGGUGGUUGUUCUUGGAGAUGAUUUUAGGCAGAUUUUACCAGUUGUGCUCAAAGCAUCAAGGCAGGACAUAGUACAUGCUACGAUAAACUCCUCUGCGCUGUGGAAUUUCUGUCGUGUCAUGAAGUUGACUAAGAACAUGAGAUUGCAGUCAUACAAUGAUGGUGAAGCUUCGAUAGAGAUUCCAGAUGACAUGUUGAUUGGUGAUUCAGAAGAUCCAUUCAGAGACCUACUCGAAUUCGUUUACCCGGAUUUGUUGAGUAACAUGUACGAUCGAGAUUAUUUUCAAAGGAGGGCAAUUCUUGCACCAACUAAUGAAUGCGUCGAGUCUUUGAACGAUCACUUAAUGUCUCUCCUUCCAGGAGAGGAAAAGGUGUACAUGAGCUCAGAUAGUAUGUGUAGGGACGAGCACACAACGGAGGAUAAUGCAGAAAUUUAUUCGACUGAAUUCCUCAACACAAUAAGAUGCUCCGGAGUUCUUUCUCAUGUGUUGAGGAUCAAGGUUGGUGCACCCGUUAUGCUAAUAAGAAACAUCGAUCAAGCUAGAGGAUUGUGCAACG